UGAGAAUUUUUUUAAAUUUUUGCUCUUUCAGAUUUGAUUGCAAAAAGAACUAUUUGUGAACGCGCACAAAAUCCGAAUACUCCUUUCGCUUUCUAAAUUUAUCAUCAUACAAAAAAGACGAAUCGGGUGUGAUUUCUCCACCAGAAAGAGGUCAGCUGUUAGGAAAUACACAACUGCAUACUUUCAUUGUGUUUAAUGACAUAAAACGGGAAUUCAUUAUUUUUCCUCAUUUUAUAGAACUUUUUUUGGACAUUGGUCUUGUGGAAAAUUGCAAAUGACAGAGUACAAGCUAGUAGUUGUUGGAGCCGGUGGCGUUGGGAAGAGUGCACUCACUAUACAGCUCAUUCAGAACCAUUUUGUUGAGGAGUAUGACCCAACAAUUGAGGAUUCCUACAGAAAGCAGGUUGUGAUAGAUGGGGAAACAUGUCUACUAGAUAUACUUGACACGGCAGGUCAGGAGGAAUAUAGUGCUAUGAGGGAUCAGUACAUGAGAACUGGGGAAGGUUUUCUGUGUGUAUUUGCUGUAAAUAAUGCUAAGUCGUUUGAAGAUAUAAAUCAAUACAGGGAACAGAUUAAAAGGGUAAAAGAUGCAGAUGAAGUUCCUAUGGUUUUGGUAGGAAACAAGGUAGAUUUACAAACUCGAUCUGUCGACACAAAACAGGCAAAACAAGUAGCUGAUAGUUAUAAUAUUCCUUAUGUAGAAACAUCAGCAAAAACUAGACAAGGUGUUGAUGAUGCUUUCUAUACUCUUGUUAGAGAAAUUAGAAAAUUUAAAGACAAGAAAGGGAACAAAAAGAAGAAGCCAAAGAGAGGCUGUGCUGUAUUGUAACGCUGUUGUUCCGUUGUUUUUCCACUCAUUUUCUGUAAUGUCUCCUGUCUAUCCAUUAUACCAUGUCCGUCUGUCUGUCUUUUUGUUAAAAAAAACAACAAUACAUCAUUUAUAUACAUCUCUAUAUUUGGUUUUCAAGGUUUUGAUGUUUGAAAAAUACAGAGUUGUAGAAGAAAAACAUUGUACUUAGUGUGAAUUUGUCUUAUGAUCAUUGCUGGAAGUAACUAGGGGCUUUUUGUUUGUAAAGCACAUUAAAGCAUACAUCAAGGAUUUGCAAUACUCACUCUCGCAUAUUGUGAAGUCAGGUUUCAUAAUUUUUUAAUAAAAAAUUUGCAUUUUUUGAAAAUGAAGAAAAAUAUAUUGACGAAAAAGCACUGUAGCUUAAAGCAUGAACUUCUCCAGUAUCUCAGUAGUAGGAAUCAUUGUGAGCUUUUUAUAUUAGAGCACUACCUGAGGCACUAAGGAUUUACUCACAUGCCAGUAGCGUUAAGUAUGGCUAGUUUAUGUUUCAGAAUUAUCCGAUGUAGAAUUUUUGACAAUGUGCAGCAAGAGACACCUUAAAUGUUAUUAUUACAUCAUUUGAUAGAUAUACCACUUGUUACAUUAUUACUGAUGAUUUGUUACAUGAGCCAUGCCAUGAGAAAACCAACAUAGUGGGUAUGCGACCAGCAUGGAU